AUGUGCAGGUUGCAGGUUCAUGACGGUUUCCGUGCAACCGUCUCGACCCCUGCUCCGGUAGCCGCACGACGGCCUCGUUGGCCACUCCAGCCCUCCGGUCACCAAGACCCCAGCGGCCACACCACCGCCGACAGUAGCCCAACACUGCACGACCCCGACCCCGACCCCGCAGUAGCACCAUCGCCGGCCCUUCGGCAGCCACCACCGCAGGCCCCCGCAACAACGCCACCGCCGGCCCUUCGGCAGCCACCACUGCAGGCCCCCGCAACAAUGCCACCGCCGGGCUCCGACUCUGUCGCCGGUGCCUCCCGCCAGCCACAUCGUUCUAGCUACCGCCGUCGCCUCCCACCGGUACCAUCGCUCCAGCCGUCGCUGACAACUCUCAUCGGCCCUUCGGCCGACUUUCAACCGCCGCCAGCUAGUUUUUCGGCGACCGCCAACAGAGCCAGCAUGCCUGCCACGUCACCCACACCCGCCUGCCACGUCACCAGCAGGUCCAGUCACCUACCACGUUAG